CCAGCAAAUCCUUCCAAGUUCCACCCAUCAUUCAUCCCGUUUUCUCACUUCAUCUCAAGACCAAAUACAGAAACCCCCAUUUCUCAAUCUCUCUCUCUCUCCAGAGAGGUUUAAGAGAGAGGAAAACUGAUGAGACUGCACCCCGCAGCUGUAAACCAAUCGACACAGCAAGAAGAAGAGAAACAAAGCGUAGUAGUUCCAUGCUAAAAUGAAACUUCUGCACAGUGCCAGAAACAGCAAUCCAUACAAAAAAUCCUGCUACAUGUUGUUCAAAUAUGCCAUCUGGCUCUCCAUCUCCCUCUACUUCCUCUCCUCCUUCCUCAUCACCCGCCACACCACCACCAUUUCCACCACCACCAUCUCCCGUUCCAAACCCUCCCGCGCUCUCAUGGCCGAAAACCCCCAUCUCGAUUCCUCCGCCCGCGCCAAAUUCAAUGGGAUGAAAAUCUAUGUCUACGAUUUGCCGCCGCAAUUCAACAGCGACUGGCUGAAGAACGAGCGAUGCAGCCGGCAUCUCUUCGCCUCGGAGGUAGCCAUUCACCGGGCUGUGUUGAGCAGCGAGGUGAGGACGUUCGACCCCUGGCAGGCGGACUUAUUCUUCGUCCCUGUUUACGUCUCAUGCAAUUUCAGCGAGGUCAACGGCUUCCCCGCCAUCGGCCAUGCCCGCGCUCUCAUCGCCUCUGCAAUUCAACACCUCUCCUCCGACCUCCCCUUCUGGAACCACUCGCGAGGCUCCGACCACGUCUUCGUCGCCUCUCAUGAUUUCGGCUCCUGCUUCCACUCUAUGGAGGAUAUGGCGGUUUCGGAGGGCAUACCGGAGGUUCUGAGAAAUUCGAUUAUUUUACAAACGUUUGGCGUCAAAGGUAAGCAUCCAUGCCAAGAGGUCGAGAACGUGGUGGUUCCGCCCUACAUCUCGCCGGAGAGCGUGGCCAACACUCUAGAAGCGUCGCCGGUGACCGGCCGCCGCGACAUUUUCGCGUUUUUCAGGGGUAAAAUGGAGGUCCACCCCAAAAAUGUCAGCGGUCGCUACUACAGCAAGCGCGUGCGUACCACGAUUCUGCGUAAGUACGGCAACGACCGUAGAUUCUACCUCCGGCGGCAUAGGUUCGCUGGAUAUCAAUCGGAGAUCGCGCGGUCGAAGUUUUGCCUGUGCCCGCUCGGGUGGGCCCCGUGGAGCCCGAGGCUGGUGGAGUCCGUCGCGCUUGGCUGUGUGCCGGUGAUCAUAGCGGACGGGAUCCGGCUGCCGUUCCCUUCCGCCGUGCCGUGGGCGGAGAUCAGCCUCACGGUGGCGGAGGCUGACGUGGGCAAGCUCGGUGGCAUCCUCGCGCACGUGGCGGCGACCAACCUUACUGCUAUACAGCGGAACCUGUGGGACCCGCGGGCGAGGAAGGCGUUGCUGUUUGAUGACACUGUAUCGGAAGGCGACGCCACGUGGCAGGUACUGAUUGCGUUAUCCGGAAAGCUGGAUAGGUCCCACAGGAGGUCGAGGGUUAGCACCGAAUGAGGAGCUGCCGCGUGGCGGUUCUCUAGGGAACAACUUCUCACUUUUUUUUUGGUGAUGCGUUGGCGGGAAUUUUUUUCCGUACCGGGUGGGCCCCGGUGUGCGCUGGGCGAUGGUUGUACAUCUGAGGUCGUUUUUCUUCGGAAUGGUGGUACUUCGCGCUGAGAGUGGUGUACAUUUGAUAAUAUGUGCUCAAUUAUUUGAUAGAGGGGUGGGUUGAUUAUGGAGGGAGAUGGGAUCACAUGGUCCGGUUUGGUGUACAAAAUAUGGUGACUUAAUUUAGAGUCCUUAUUCGUUUGUUCUUUUUGGAAUGUGGGAGAAUUGAAUUAUUUAUAGUGCAAUUUUCGUGUGCUUUCAUUUAUUGGGUCGUAAAUGUAGGGUAUAUAGUGAAAUGUAGUAUUUCAAA